GAGGCAGGCAGAGCAGAUCUGGGGACGACCUGAGAAGAUGGAAGCGAAGCUCUCUGAGGCAGAAGGAGCUCCAUCAGAGGAAAGUCAGAGGGCGCAGGCCCAGGAGGAUGCCCGAGAUGCCCUGUCAAGUGGCAGUGAAGAGUUGUUGUCAAGCUGUCGUCUUUUCGGAGGAGUGGAAACGGCUGCUCCAUCUCUGCUCCAGCCUCCCUUUUCCUUUGAGGAGGUGGCCGUGUAUUUCUCCGAGGCGGAGUGGGCCUUGCUGGAUCCGGACCAAAGAGCUCUCUACAGGGACGCGAGUGGGAAGCCCGUCGAUUGUCUCUAG